AUGGGGCAAACAACUCUUCAGCGACUCGUCUUUCUGAGCUCACUGCUGAUCUGCACCACAAACCAAGCCUCUCUGACUGUGAGUCCCAGCAGCUCUCAGAUGUUUGAAGGACAGUCUGUCUCUCUGAGCUGUGAGGAGGACGACAGCUCUGCUGGAUGGACUCUGAGGAGGAACACAACCAGAGACACCAGGACUCAGUGUGGAGCUGAUUGGGGACGAUCAGCUGGUUCAUCCUGUAACAUCAGCUACAUUAAGACAUGGGACAGUGGAGUUUACUGGUGUGAGUCCAGAGAGGGAGCAACCAGUAACACCAUCAACAUCACUGUCACUGAUGGUCCAGUGAUCCUGCAGAGUCCUGUCCUCCCUGUGAUGGAGGGACAUGAUGUCACUCUGCGCUGUAAAACAGAGAUGUCCUCCAACCUCCCAGCUGGUUUCUAUAAAGAUGGCUCCUUCAUCAGGACUGAGCCUGAAGGUCACAUGACCAUCCGCCAUGUUUCCAGGUCUGAUGAAGGUCUCUACAAGUGUCACAUCAGCAGUGUUGGAGAGUCUGAACCCAGCUGGGUCACUGUCACAGGAAAACUUAUGACCACACCCUCACCUCCCAUUGAAGCUCCGCCUCCUGCCACUGAAGCCCCGCCUCCUGCCUCCAGCCCCCUUCACCUUAUCCUCCGAUUGGUCUGCCACCUGGUGGUGUUCUGUCCGUACUGCAUCUCCACUUUCAUCAUGGUGUCUUUAUAUCGACACAGAGCCACAGGAAAUGACCGGCCCGUCUCCAUGGCGAUGACUCCGCCCACCCAGGCUGAUGAGGGAUUGGAUGAUGAGUUUGAUGAUGUCAUCACUGUUGUCAUCACAGAGCAUCACUUCUGAACUGUUGUGAAAAGAAAUAAAACAUGUUUGCUGAGGACUUGAGGGGAAACAGUCACAAUAUAGAACCGAAUGCUGAAAAGUGAUGAAAAUCCCUGUAGCAGCUAAACUUCUGUUCUGAACUUUUGCACCCUGUUUCUCUGUUUUUGGUCAAAAUGAAAGCUGAAAGUUAUUCAGAUGAUCCUGUGAGUUUGGUUGUAAUGCUUCUUAAAAAUAUGUUUUUAUUAAAAGGAAUG